UUAAGCGCAGCCGACGCAUAAAGUGGAUUUACUGAACAUUUGCAUGGGGAAAAAUUCUUUUUUCUGUCGUCUGCCUCUGCUGGGAACCAUCUGGCAACUGGAAUGGAACUGAAUCUGUCGAAGAACGUGAUUUCUUGUGGGGACCCAGGUGGGAUGAAUUUGGACAGAAUCGCAGAGGCAGUGAGAGCACCGCCGCCCCGCGACGUGGCCCCCGCGUUUCAUUUACCGAGAACUUCAAACAGCAGUCGAGAAACGUUAGAGAACUCAAGCAGCGAGUCUUCAGACACAGAGUUGGCAGAAAAGGAGAGGAGCGCUGAACACAGGAGCGAUGACGGGAACGCGGACGACCCGAAGAAGAAGAAGCAGCGGCGGCAGCGGACUCACUUCACCAGCCAGCAGCUGCAGGAGCUGGAGGCUACUUUCCAGAGGAACCGCUACCCGGACAUGAGCACCAGGGAGGAGAUCGCGGUGUGGACCAACCUGACUGAGGCCAGAGUCCGGGUGUGGUUCAAAAACCGCCGGGCCAAGUGGCGGAAGCGGGAGCGGAACCAGCAGAUGGACCUGUGCAAAAACAGCUACCUGCCGCAGUUCAGCGGCCUCAUGCAGCCUUACGACGACAUGUACCCGGCCUACACAUACAACAACUGGACCAACAAGGGCCUCACCCCGGCGCCUCUGUCCACCAAGAACUUCACCUUCUUCAACUCCAUGAGCCCCCUCACCUCGCAGUCCAUGUUCUCGGCGCCAAACUCCAUCUCCUCCAUGAGCAUGGCGUCUGGGAUGGGCCACUCCGCCGUGCCGGGCAUGCCCACCCCGGGUCUAAACAACAUCAGUAACCUGAACGGGAUCGGCACGUCCGGCAUCAACUCAGCCAUGUCGUCGUCCGCGUGUCCGUACGGGCCUCCCGGCUCUCCGUACACCGUUUACCGGGACACUUGCAACUCCAGCCUGGCCACCCUCAGACUCAAAUCCAAACAGCAUCCAACCUUUGGAUACAGCGGCCUGCAGAGCCCCGGCUCGAGCCUGAACGCGUGUCAGUACAACAGCUGACGGGCCAAACGCGGGGCCUUCAUGUUACCAAUAUAAAUAUGUAUGUGAGAAACGGACACGGUGUCGAGAGCGCUACCUGCGGAAGGGGACAACAAAGACAACUAAACUGGACGAGUUGCAAACAUUUUUCAAAAAAGAAAAACAGGAUUAUGCGGGUUAUAUGUGUUUACCAAUGAACUUGCACAGCAGUUGAAAUGUCCAGGUUUUUUGGAUUUUUUAAAUGAUGAAGACGUGUUACCUUGCUGCAUUGUACAUGUAUAAAUGUAAAUAUAUACAGGUCUAACAUAUUAAACACGAUGGGAUUUUUUUUUUUGUGCGCAUGUUUGCUUUUGAAGACUGACCCGACCAACAUAAGGAUCUAAACAAUGUCGUGCUUAUUAAGAAUCCAGACUCAGUGAGAGAAAAGAGGACCUCUAACCUGUACAUAUUCUAUACUGCUUCCGUGUGCUUUCUAUGCAGGGUGCCACCACGACGCCUCCCCUUCACUGACUGUCAACUGUUUUUCACUUUGUUUAUUCCAAUAGAAAAUCCCGCAUGUUUACCUUGAGUGCAACGUGUUUUGUACGUUAAUGUAAGACUCUGCAGACGUUCAUCAGUCUAAGCUGUAUACAAAAGGUGAUUCAAAGUCCUCAUGUGUUUAUGGUAACGUUUGUUUGAAUAAACUUCAGGAAAAGAGAGGUUUAUUUCAAGUAUGUUUCAGGCGAGUCUUUGUGUAACGAGAGGAGCCGCGGUUGUCCACUUUCCCCCAGGAAGGAGCGAAAUAAAGAACUUGGCUAAAUAUCCGCAGCAUAUUGAUCCACUCAGUUUAAAAAGAUUAUCUCAGAAUAGAAAGAGGUUUAAGGAUCACUGGGACUAGCCAGUAGUGAUCUGGGCUUUAGCAAAGUAUGACUUUUUACUUUUAUGAUUUUUAAACGAUUUAUUUUCGUUAUUACAUCAGACUUUUUUCACAUUUUGCAAACUUCCAGACCUCAUCUAAACUUCUGUAGGAAUUAAGGUAACUGUCUAAAGCCUUUUAAUAUUAUGCUGUGGUCAUUUUGUGAGAGUGACCGUUAUAUUUUUCCCACUCAGGGACAAAAUAGUCCUCUGGUGUGAUGUAUUUUCUAAGGAUUUAUGAUUAUCUUUAUUUGAUCGUGGCCCUCACCACACUACAAUAACACACAAGAUUAAAUUUGGGCUCGUUCAGGCUGAGGUUUGGCAGGAGCCCACUUCUCUUCGUGGGUCCAACCCCGUCUUAAGUAAAACACUGGUCUGAUGAUUAAACGUAACCUGCAGUUUUGACAUGAAAUAACAGGUUAUACGUGAGUGGGAACCGUUUAUUUUCUCCGUCUAUUUGAGCUGUGAAACAGAAGUUUGUCCGUGAAAAUGAAUUCAAUCAGUGCCCUAUCUUGUUUUCUGACACCUGCACAAAUCUCCAUAUCUAUAUUACUCCCCAUUAGGCUGAUAUUAGCGCGCUGCACAGUGACUGUGCGCCUUAACUGAUAGUGCGCUGUGAGGGAGGAUGUUAAGAUUAGAGGCAACGCUUUAAUAAACCAUCACAGGUAGAACAGUCUUCAAAUGACUAGUAAAACUGUCUGUGAUACGGGAAGAAUUAACACACGGUUUAAAUGCUGCUGCUGCAGGUCUACGGUGUGACAGCGGGUAAACCACAGCGAGCUGAUCCUACCAUCAGUGUCUGGACUCCAACGUUUAUAGCCCCUCGUUCCUGCUUUACAUGUUACAUGUACUUAAAAGUAACUUUAUCUUUACUGCAUUGUGCACCCUGUUGUAUUAGCGCUCCCGUAAUACUCCUACAGAAUAUUUUAACCAUAACCUCACAGCAAAUCCUAACGGUGGCACUUUGGUAAUUGUUCUCCUACUAUCGCUAUUGCUUUUGUAACAUUUUACCAUGGCUUGUAGUGUGUCUGUGGCACGUAACUGGUUUAUUA